AUGUUAGCUAAGUCAUGGGUUGACCUGCUGGUACAGGCAGUUGUAGCUGUGUUGGAAAUGGUUAACUGCCAUAGCAGGGAGGGGGCUGCCAUCUCGGCUGUCUGUGCCUUCCGACCACAAGACAUUCGGACAGUGCUGAAUGGUCCCUUCAGAGAGCUGAAACAUGACUGCAACAGGGGACAGCCUGUCAUGGAUAAUGAUGUACCCCAGCCCAGACCUGGAGAGUGCAUCGCUAAUAACAUAAAACUCCAGCAGUUUGGCUCCUCACUCUCCCUGCCUGACCGUGUGCUCACCUUCAUCCGGGAUCACCCCCUCAUGGACAGGCCAGUGCUUCCAGCUGAUGGCCACUCCCUGCUGGUCACUACAGAUACAGUCUAUCUCAGAGUUGUGGCCCACAGGGUGGCCAGCCUCUCAGGGAAAGAGUAUGAUGUGCUCUACCUGGGGACAGAGGAUGGACACCUCCACAGAGCUGUGCGGAUUGGAGCCAAGCUCAGCGUCCUUGAGGAUCUGGCCUUAUUCCCAGAGCCACAGCCAGUUGAGAAUAUGAAAUUGUAUCAAAGCUGGCUCCUGGUUGGCUCCCAUACUGAGGUAACACAAGUGAACACAACCAACUGUGGACGUCUCCAGAGCUGCUCAGAGUGCAUCCUGGCCCAAGACCCUGUCUGUGCCUGGAGCUUUCAGCUAGAUGCGUGUGUGGCCCAUGCUGACGAGCAUGGAGGGCUGGUCCAAGACAUAGAAUCAGCGGAUGUCUCUUCUUUGUGUCCUAAAGAGCCUGGAGAACACCCAGUAGUGUUUGAAGUUCCGGUGGCUACAGCUGCGCAUGUGGUAUUGCCAUGUUCCCCAAGCUCAGCCUGGGCAUCCUGUGUGUGGCACCAGCCCAGUGGAGUGACUGCUUUUACCCCCCGGAGGGAUGGGCUAGAGGUGGUGGUAACCCCAGGGGCCAUGGGUGCUUAUGCUUGUGAAUGUCAGGAGGGCGGGGCAGCCCGAGUGGUAGCGGCUUAUAGCUUGGUAUGGGGCAGCCAUCAGGGCCCCUCAAGCCGGGCCCACACUGUGGCGGCUGGACUGGCUGGCUUCUUUUUGGGGGUUCUUGCAGCAUCCCUGACUCUCCUCCUGAUUGGUCGACGUCAGCAGCUACGGCGACAGAGGGAACUUCUGGCUAGAAACAAGGUGGGCUUGGACCUGGGGGCGCCGCCAUCUGGGACCACAAGCUACAGCCAGGAUCCUCCCUCUCCCUCUCCUGAAGAUGAGCGGCUGCCCCUGGCUCUAGGCAAGAGGGGCAGUGGCUUUGGUGGCUUCCCUCCACCUUUUCUGCUUGAUCCUUGCCCGAGCCCAGCCCAUAUUCGGUUAACUGGGGCUCCUCUGGCCACAUGUGAUGAAACAUCCAUCUAGGGCUGGGUGAGUGACCACUAUUGCAUGACUGGCCAUUGGAAUGGAGUGACCAUUGAGAUGUUGGGCUCACUGGGCCUGGAAAACCAUCAUGGCCUCUGAGUUCUCUUCGGCCUUUGAGUGAUCACUUGACUUCAGUGUCAGCCCUCUCUGGCCUUAGAUG